UAAUUACUCCCAAAUAAACCAAGCAUACAUAUUCAUUCAAAACAAAAUAAAUUUCCACAAAAUUCCCCAAAAAAUGUUCUCUCCAGCAUUUUUCACUGCUUAUACUCCAUUUAAUCGCUCAAUGACUCCAUUUUAUGGAAACCGUUGGAUGGACCGAUUCAAUCGAAUGGAUAAUUGGAUGCACCCAAUGGAUUAUUAUUUUGAUGAAUAUAUGGGGUUUCAAGUAUAG